AUGAGCGACAAAGACAGUGAUGACGAAUCGGCUAGUGUUGAUAUAGGACAACACCUAAAAGAGUCCGAUGAGCGGAACAAGAGGAAGAGAGAGGAAGCGGAAGCCCAUGAGUCUGAUGAUUCGUCAUCGAGUAGCAGUGUAGCCAAGAAACCAGCCGCAGUUGUUGUCCCAGUCUUGGUCCCAGUCUUACGCCCGGUCACAGUCGCAGUCGCAGCCCCAGCAGCCCCAGUCGCAGCGGCUCUCCCUCGUCCACGUCUUAGCUUGCAGCAAAUACAACACCGACACCAGCUGCAGAUACAGGAAAUGCAUGCACAGCUAGCCCGUGCAGUGCCGCAACCACCUUUGCCGUACUACGAAGAUGAGUUUGGCCAAGACAUGUACAUGCGGCAACUCAAAGCCGAGCAGUUACGCGAGCGACCGCCACGUCCUAGGAUAGUGCGUGAUGGAUCUCCUUUGCCUAUUGGAUCUCCUUUGCCUACUCUUGGAGCCCCUUCACCUAUGGUACAUUCCAGGUCCGCCUCUUCUGUAGAGAGAUCAACCUCACCGGCAGAGAGGAAGGCUGCUAGGGAGGUUCAAAGGAAGCACAAAGAAGAUCAAAAGCUUGCCAAAAAGCUUGCCAAGAGAGCGGAAGAGGCUAGACUGGCCAAGGUGGUAGCAACGAUGAUUGCUGGGUAUCAGCACGCUGAUCACAAGCAUAAAAUUGUGAUCGGGCAAGAGAAGAGCCCUAAAGACGGUGAGAUUUACGGCGUGGCUGUGUCAUUCACAAUGCGUAAAGGACAACCAACCGAGGAAGUCUUGGACUUAACCAAAUUCAAUAGCAAGGACAUUCGUGCUUUUUCUCUAAAGUGUGGAGUAAAGGGAGGCGGCGGUAUGACACUGUUCGGUUGCAGGAUGGAGAUCGCCCGCAGUGUUCAGAUGGGAACGAUGUACAACGACCAAUCAAUUUCCAACCCAGGAUCCUCUUCCGUAACGAAGAGGAUCAACACUCUCUUUAAGGUGUUGAAUAUUUGCUUCCACGCUAACAAUUUCAAUGACUUUGUUGCUCUCAACGACAGUAAGCAACGAAAGGACUACGAACAAGAGCCUCUCUCGGAGAAUGGAGUUACUGGAAAUCCGGUCAAGGACUUUUGGGUUCUUGUGUCGAACGAAAUGAACGAGACGGCGGACGACUCUUUUGAUACCGUCUUAGGACUGCAAGAGGGGGAAGACGACAGACUCAUUGAAUGGAACGAAGAACACGGUUUCAAUCUUAAUGACAUCAACCGUGGCCACGACUUUAAGUCAGUUCGACAGCUUGUGUGUGAUUUGAUGAAAGCUCGGGAGAGAUGUCACUUCGAAAUGAAGAGGUCUGGCGAGGGCAGCAACGAUCUAUGGACGUACUGCACAACACCGAAGUUCACUAAACCCCGACAAUCUACUGCGGCUCUACCGGCAGUUGCUGUCUACUACUGUAACCAUCUUUGCCUCAUACAUCCGGCCAUUGAUGGCAAGUUCGCAGCGUUUAUGAGCAACGAUUUGAAAAGUGACUCUACGAUUGAAUUUGCCGGGAGCGCCGAUUCCGCUGGUAGCAAAGCUGGAAAAAUGGCUGUAUCCGCCGUGGUGGAAUCCCUUGCCACCGCCACCACCGAUUUGAAGGAAGCAAUGAGCCAAAGAAACAACGUGUCGGAGGCAAUCUCUCAAACGAAUAGCUGGAAUGACUAUUUCGAUAUAGGCGAUCGGUAUUGUAAAUUGAAGGCAGAUAUCCGCAACGGGGAUUCGUCCAAAGCACGUAUGGUUGCAGCCAUGGAAGUUCGUAUCGAACAACUUGAAGCGCACUUGAAUAUCGUGCCGGCCAAGUCAAUUAUUGAAACAGAGGACUAA